AUGGACUCUGCAUGUUGGGUUCGAAAACAAGAUUUGCCUCCACCAGGGGGCUAUAAACCUAUCGCAUACAAAAGAGUACCAGGCGCGCAUCUCUUCAAUGGAUACCAACUCAUUCUUGGCUACUUUGCUAUGACCGCUGGGGCCCUCUACCUAUACUCCUUAAACCACAAGAAGAUCAAGAAACACGAAAUAGAAUUACGCUCAAGCAAGAUGGCGAUAUAUCCAGUGCUCUUGGCAGAAAGGGAUAGAGAAUAUUUGAGGCAGCUUAGGCGGAAUCGGGACGAGGAAGACAAAUUGAUGGCUGGUGUACCUGGAUGGAAGACUGGAACUUAUUUCGGUGAACCGAUAUAUAAAAUGUAUCAGCCCGAAAAACUAAUAGAACCUAUUUACCACGAAUACUUCGCACAUUGCUCACCAAGUCAUUUCUUCCGUAGAGCCAACUUGAAGCUGAAAAGUUAA